GGCGCUUGAACCUAACACUAAAAGAGGAAGCAAAUAUCAGUUGAGCAGACAACAUUUGGAGCGCAAAAAUGGCAAAUGUGCGCUGUUUGCAAAAAGUGAUACGCAUACAAAAGUUUGUGCUCCCACUCAAUGCUCAGGGCUGCUGGCUGGCCGCCACAUGCAGCAGCGGAACAGCGGCAACUUUUCACACACUUCAUCAGCAGCAGCAGCAGGAGCUGCGUUCAAAAUUAAAGCCCGCCUGCAGUUUAAGACGCAGCUAUGCCAAAGACAGCGACAAGCUUGAGGAGUUUCGAGCGCGCGAGGAGCAACGCGAACGGGAACGCGAUGCAGCCGAGCAGAAGCCGGGCACACAGUCAGGUGCAGAUGGAGGCACCGCCGGAUCAGGCGGAGAUCAGGGCAAACAGAGCGCAGAGCAGGCGGCCAAGCAGGCCAAGGUGGAUGGCAUACGCAGCCGCAUAUUAGAUGCCGCAAUGCUGCAUGUGCCACAGCACGGCUGGAGCAAGCAGGCGAUUGUCCAGGGCGCCGAGGAGUGCGGCCUGCCAAGCGUUGUCCACGGCAUGUUUCCCGAGGGCGGCUUUGCGCUCGUCUCGCACUUCAACGGCAAGUGCAAUGCAGAGCUGGUGCAGUGCCUGCAAAAGCAGACAGACAACGGUCAGAAGGAGGUGAGCGAUCCGCUUGAUUUUCUCGUACAGGCUGUGCGCCAGCGUCUGGAAAUGAUUGAGCCAUACAAGAGCCAGUGGCCGCAGGCCAUGGCGUUGAUUGCCCAGCCGCAGAAUGCAUCCACAGCGCUGGCGCAGGUGCUGACGCUGGUCGACGACAUCUGCUACUAUUCCGGCGAUCGUUCCGUGGAUUUUGGCUGGUACACGCGACGCAUUGGCUUGGCCACAAUCAUGAAAAUGACAGAGCUCUACAUGCUGCAGGACACUUCGCCGGGCCAUGCACAGACGUGGGAGUUCCUCAAGAACCGCAUGGACGAGGCCGUACAGCUGCAGAUGGCCCUGGCCCAGACCGAGGGCAUGACACACACAUUUCAACGUUCCUUCAACUCGGCUUUCAUAACGGCGCGAAACAUACUCGGACUGGGCUAUGGCCGCCAUUAGCGAACGCCCAAAAACCAGCGAAAGUCCAAAGAACAGGAGAGUGUUGUAUAAAAAGAAAUAUAUAUAUAAAGAUUUAUACCUAUAAACCGUCAUAAUAUACCUGAUAUAUGUAUACUUUUAGAUUGUUGUUCCAGCGGGUCGAUAUUUCGCAUUGGCAGCUGCGUUUAUGCCCUGUUUCAAUCGCGACUAGAGAGAUUAAAGAGUAUGGAGAGGAUUAAUAUUACCAGGCUUUCGUUCAAUUUCUCAACUAAGAAUUGUUUUAUAAAUCGAUAAAGGUCUCAAAAUAGUUUUCUAUGAACUUUACAUAACAUUAUCACAAUUAUAAAAAAUCGUUGCAAAUUUCUAAUCACGUUUGGUUAACACGACAUAAACGCAGCUAUUAAUUAUAAUUGGAAUGUAAGAGCUCUUCAAUUUGUACAAAUGUUAAAUCCAGCCUAACUGGGUCUUAGUGUACUUAUGAUGGGAUGGGGGAAAGUGAAUAUGAGCGGGAGUAUGCCAUAUUUAUGUAAUCUAAAUAUAAUACGCUUAAUUAAACUUGUUCAAAAAAUCGCUGCUCAA